AAAAAAAAAAAAAAGAAAAUAACGAAGGUACCAAAAAGAGGUGGGUGAUGAGGCUGGUGUCGUGGGAUUAUAAACAGAGAGGAAUGGACUUAGACAUGGCUUUCUCCUUCUCUCCUUCAUCUAGAAAUUCACGCCCAUCUUCUCUUUCUUCUCCAUCUUCCCUUCUAAGUAGACCCAGAAAGAAAAAUAGGAAAAAAAUCUUUUUUUCUUUUUUCUUUUCUGUUUUGAAUAACCUUGUUGUUUCUCUUGCCUUGUCAGAGAUUAAAACAUAUAAUUCUUUUCUGGUAAUUGUAUGAUCCGGGAAUUGAUUGAAAUUCAUGGCAGAUGAUCAUUGAAAUGUCUUAUCUAUCGGAUUCUUUGAUCAGAUGCUUUAUUGGCAGGUGCUUCAAUUCUGUAAGGGACCAUGAAUUCUAGGUGCUUCAUUGUUUGCUGGUUUGGAGGUCAGAAAAUCUGUGCUACACGUUAUUGUUGGGUAAUUAGUAUGUGUUCAGCUUUCUCCAUGCAAUCUCAUAAAGGAGUUAAGAGUUGAAAUGUGGACGCCCUUGGUAGAUACAUAGUGCUGGGAAAACUGUAGAUAGGAAAUUGCUUUUGUGGGAUUCCUUUACAUUCUGAUCUUAGCUGUAAUGGUAGAGCCAGUUGGUUUUCACUUAAAUUCAAUCACAUUGAUAGGAUUAGGAAAGCCCUAGUACUGCUUUUGUUAGACGAUAUAGCACAGAUGAUCUUCUUUAAGGAAAAUGAGCAGGAAAUAUUGAAUUCUACAAAAUUGAAAGUUGAAUAGACUCAUUUAGAAUGAAAAGGACAUAUAAAUUAUUCAGCUCAACAGGGUAAAAAUAUUUUUGAGACUACAAAUUUGAGCCAUGGGCUUGCCACAAGUUUCCUCUGCUGAUGAAACUAAUGAAGAUCCUGCAGCAUUGUUGGGCUCGUUUUUGCAAAGUCCAUCACAAUUUGCCAGUGCGAGCACCAGUGAUUUGAAUGGAUUGCAGGAAGGAAAUAUAAGCCGAACAGUAGGGGAUACUCUGAGUUCUUCUUUGGGAGAUUUUCAGAGGAAAACUGCCUUGGAGCGUUCAAAAUUUCCAGAGAAUUCCAUGAGAUUUGGAGGGGCAACUGAUGCUAAUUCAAAUGUUCAUGGAAUGGUAACUGCUUCUACAGAUAAAAUUGGCCGAAUAACUCCUAAAAGUGGAAGGAAUAUCCAAAAUCCUGCUUCUAGGAUCAUUGGUUUUGAAUCAUGGGGUGCAAGUUCUUUAAAUAAUGGAAUUGAGGGAUUUUCUGCUGAUCAUCUUAAUUCUUCUUCUGUGGCUGGCCUCACAGUGAGUGACGUUGAGCUGGCUGGGCCUCUUGUCAGGAAAAGAUUACUGUCGCCUCUAAACAGCAUGCUUUCUGCAGAACACUUUUAUGGGGAUAAUCUGGAUAUUGGCUGCAAUGCUUCUCAGAUGAGUUCCUCUGCUCUGACCAAUAAUUUAAAUGUUUCUGCUUCACACGACUAUAAGAAAGCAAAUGUUGGUAGCAAAAUCAAUUUCACCGCAUCAUCUUGGUCCUUAUCCAGUUGUUUGGAUAAAAGAAACAUGCUAUGUGACAAUAGCACAGUAGCAUCUAUUUUUCUCACUGAUGGCCCUCUACUGGAAAACAAGGACCCACUUUCUAACAGUACCCUCUUAUACUCUCCUACACUUGAUCAUUUCAAAGAAUCGAGUGAAGGACGAUCCCAGAGUAGGGCAAUAUCCUUAUCCCCUAAAAAGGCCAUUUCAUCUCCUCUAUCAUUGUCACCUCUAGGUCCUAAGUUUUCUGAAAGAAUAAAAACUCCAAGAGGAUGCAAGGAUGUCAAGAACUGCAUUGAGGAUUGCUGUUCAAAUUUGGAGAAUGUAGAACGGUCACUUGACAAAAGUAACUCAGGCAUUAUCUUUGCUCCAGAAGAAGAAGAUUUCAGAAUCACAAGCAGAUCAUUUGAAGAUAUUGAUCUCUUUCACAAAGAGUUUCGUCCAUCUUCCCUUGAAAGUGCUACUGACAGCUGGUGCUUGUUUCAGGAAUCUGCUUCUUCCCAAUGUGCAAGCUUCUUCAGAAGUUUGAGUGGCCUUCCUGUUCGCAGGUCCUUGGUUGGUUCAUUUGAGGAAUCAUUAUUGUCUGGACGGUUCUUUUCUGGAAAAUUCACCCAGAGAAUAGACGGUUUCCUAGCCGUGUUAAGCAUUACGGGAGGGAAUUUUUCACCGCAAUCACAGAAGCUUCCUUUUUCAGUGACCAGUGUUGAUGGAGAUUGUUAUUUGCUAUAUUAUGCAUCCAUAGACCUUGCAGGAAAUUCAUCAAACAAGCAUAGGGGCCAAAAAUUGAGAAGAGGCUUAAGUAAUGAUGAUUCACAGACUGUCAGGAGCUGCUUUCGUAUUCCUAUGAAAGGGCGUGUACAGCUGGUCCUUAGCAAUCCAGAAAAGACCCCUCUCCACACCUUUCUUUGCAACUAUGAUUUGAGUGACAUGCCGGCUGGUACCAAAACAUUCUUGCGUCAGAAGGUAACUUUAGCCUCUUCUGGAACAACUUCGCCAGAGUUGAAACAUGGGCAUAUAGGUUUAGACAAAAAAAUGAGAGACAAGGUGACUACAGUGUCACAGAAAAACCAUCCUGUAAAUUCAGUUGCUUCUAUUGGCCAAAAUGAAGUCAAAGGGAAUGAAUGCCAUGAUAUAGUAGAUUCAAUACAGACACAGAAUUUGUCCACGCAAUCACAAAGUGUGGGAAAGGCAGGUGUUGAAUCUAUUGUACUUCACAAUGACUGCCGUAGUGGUAAUCGCCCGGGGUCUAGUGGGAAGGACUGCACUGGGGUGAAUACAUGCAUUGGAAUUGACAGAAGAUCAACUCAUGGUUGUUCAAAGAUCAAUGAUAAUUCCCAAGGUGGUGGUGCUCUUCGUUAUGCACUCCAUCUACGUUUUCUUUGCCCUUCACCUAAAAAGUGUUCUAGGUCAGUUCAGAGGUGUAAAUCUGAUCCUACAACCGUACCACAAAAGCCACAAUUAGAUGUGGAAGGGGGGCGCAGGUUUUAUUUAUACAAUGACUUGCGAGUUGUGUUCCCUCAACGACAUUCAGAUGCUGAUGAAGGCAAGGUAUGUGAUUUUGAGUGGGCUCUUAGCAUUUUAUCACAUCAGAGGCGUAUUCUCUUAUGGUUGUUUUCAUACUCAUCUCUGGUAAAAUUUUAUGGUUGCCAACUGGGAAUUUAAAUUUCAGUCUAAUGGAAUCAUAAUGAGUAAUUGGCACUUGCAGCAAUAUUCUAUGCUGUUAAGAAUUUGUACGAUUUUCUUCUUGUAGUUGAAAUAGUAUUGAACAUAUUUAAUAUGUUUCCUAUUGAUUUUACAUCCUAUUUUAGUAAUUUUUGGUGGUCACAUGUGAAGUGAUAGAUCCAUUUGUGAUUAUUUAAGGUUUUGGUCACAUGUGAAGUGAUAGAUCCAUUUGUGAUUAUUUAAGGUUUUGUGGGGCAUUUGCUGCCAAUUUCUUGCAACAUCUUUUUCUUCUUCGUUGUCUCGUGAUCGAAUUCUCGCCUUAAUGUGAGCUGCUUAUAUUUUAUAUCAAAUUGGAAAUCUUUUUUAUGGAGCCAAUCUUAUCUUGUGAUGAGAGGAUAGAAAAAUAAAAACAAAAGAUGGGCUGUGCAUAACUGAUGUUGCUAUUUCGAAUGAGUGAACAAAUUGAUGCUUCAUACUUUAAUUAGUUUCUGCAUUAUAUUUUUCUCCUCAUUCAGUUUGCUGCAUCAGCCAUCAAGAAUGAGACUGCUUUUUUGCUUUCUUUGUCUCUAUAAAAACCUGGCCUCAUGGGGCUGGCCUGAUUAGAUAACAACGGAAACUACCUUGACAGUGAAUUUUCUGUAAAUGGGAGUGAGUCUUUACCUAGAAACUAAAGCCUUGCAAACAAGUUGUCUAUGGUCUUUAUGCAGAAAUGUUUUACAUUGACAAAGUUGAACAGUAAGUUAUAUUUUCUUCUAUAUUAGUCUAAUGAGGUUCAUUGCUUUCUCUUUGGCAGUUGAAUGUGGAAUAUCAUUUCCCAGACAAUCCAAGAUAUUUCGAUAUCAGCAACUGAAAUCUCAAUAGAUUGCUGACAUUGUACAUAAUCACAUCAUGUUUUUAGUUGUCUAAUCUAAAAGUUGCACUAACCCCUCAAGUUGUAAAUGCUGCCAUUCAAUAAUAUUUGACGGGUUGAAGAUUUA